AUGGUCGAGGAGAAGAAAACCGCCACCAUCAAGAUACAUCGCGAUAGUGUGCCCCGAAUCAUCAUCACCUAUAAGAACAAGAAGGAUCUUUUCAAGACUUUCCAAAAGAAACUCAAGGAACUCAAUCUUCCCAUUAGCGAGGUCUAUUUCGUCGACUGGGACAACGACAGCAUCAUGAUCAGAACUGCUGAUGACCUAUUUGCAGCUGUGAACAACAACUUAAGUGUAAGAAUGUACUACUACACUACUGAUGACAAGGAGCCCUUUACUUCUCUCAGCUCCGGUGAAGACGACGAGGAGAGUGGGAAGGAGAAAGAACCUGAGAAAGAAGGUGAACCCCGCUCUCCCGCUCCCGCGCGCAGACGUCACCGCUCCAGAUCGGCGUCCUACCAUGGCUCUCGCCAUGGUCCACCAUCUUGCUACCAAAUUCCGUGGAACUUCGUUCCCUGGAGCUACAUGAUGGACCCACGAUACGGACCGAUGCCAUUCCCUCCAUAUCCACACCACUCUUCCAAAAGCCAUCGCCGCAGACGUGAGAGGAGCUGUCACUGCAGCUGUGAACGCCUGUGCAAGGACUUCGCUAAUCUGUAA